UCGUCCCUAGCUACCACCGGUAGCCAGCCAGCCAGCCCUCCAAUCGCUCGCGCUCCCGCGCCCUCACAUGUCAAUGUGCUCGCCCGCCUUGCAAUUUGCAGACCCCAAACCUCACCAACCGCCCAUGAACCAUACAUAAUUAGUACUUAGUUAGUUGCCCACAAACCAUCGCUCAUUUUAUCCUCACACUCUCCGCGUGCUCACAGCUCACUCCGGCUACCCGGCCAGCUUAGGUGCUCGGUCCAUUCCAGCGCCACCCAUCAUCAGUGCGUCGGCCACUACUGAGCUCGGCCAUGGCGGGGGCGGGGGCGCAGCUGCGGCGCGUGGUGGCCUUGGUCCUCCUGGCCUGCUGCAGCAUGGCGCCGGCGGCGACGGCGAGAGGGAUGUCGGCGGGGAUCGCGCACAACAUCACCUCCUUCCUCAGCGGCCACCCGGAGUACAAGCAGUACAACCGGUACCUGACGGAGACGCGGGUGUGCGACGAGAUCAACGCGCGGGGCGGGGUGACGGUGCUGGUCCUCGGCGACGGCGCCAUGUCCACGCUCGUGUCGGACGCCGGGGCCGACCUGGGCGCCAUCAAGAACGCGCUGCGCCUCCACGCGCUGCUCGACUACUGGGACGUCAAGAAGCUGAAAGCCCUGCCCACCGGCGCCGACACGCUCACCGACACCUUCUACCAGGCCGCGGGCGGCGCGGCCACCAGCGCCACGGGCAGCGUCAAGAUGGCCAAGCUGGAGGGCGGCGGCUUCGGCUUCGCGUCCGCCGCCAGCCCCGGCGACGCCUACGACGCCACCUUCACCAAGGCGCUCAAGCAGACGCAGUACGACUUCGCGGUGCUGGAGGUGUCGGCGCCCAUCGAGUUCGACGGCCUCUUCGACGGGCCGUCCGUCGCCAGCCUCACCCGGCUGCUGGAGAAGGCCGGCUGCAAGCGCUUCGCGGCGCUCAUCGCCAGCACGGGCGUGCUCAAGGACUACCAGGCGGCCAUGGCGGACAAGGCCGGGCUCACCCUGUUCGCGCCCAAGGACGACGCGUUCCUGGCCAAGGGCGCGCCGGACGUGGACAAGAUGCCCCGCGCCGACCUCGUCGCGCUGCUGCGCUACCACGCGCUGCCGGGGUACAACCCGAGGCCGUCGCUGAAGCUGGUGAAGGCGUCGGCCCGGCCGUUCCGCACGCUGGCGUCCACCGCGGGCGGGAAGUACAACGUGUCGGUGGUGGCCCGCGGCGACGACGUGUCGCUCGACACCGGCCUCCGCAAGUCCCGCGUCGCGGAGACGGUCCUGGACGACACGCCCGUGUGCGUGCUCACGGUGGACCGCCUCCUGAUGCCGCUCGAGCUCUUCGCCGGCGCGCCCGCGGAGGCCCCCUCGCCGACGCCCGCGCCGGCGCCGUCCCCCGCGGACGCGACGCUGAGCUCCCCGCCGUCCCCGCCACCGGCCGACGCCCCGUCGGAGGCCGCCGCGGACCACGUUCACAAGGACGUCAAGGCGUCGUCCGCCGCCUCACUGUCGGUCGGCGCGCUCGCCGCGGCCGCGUGCUCCGCCGUGCUCGCGUCCCUACUGUGAGAGUAAGACCAGUGAAAGCAGAGAGAGCGGUGGCACGUCCCCUUCCGGCCACAUUCCUCGUCAGCCCAUCACAUUCUUCUCGCCAUCCUCUUUCAGCCAUUGAUCGUUGAUUGCAUGAGUCGCAGCUAUUCUCUCUGUAAUUCAUGAAACAUUGUGUACAUUAUUAUAUCUUGAUCUUUUUA